UAGUAACAAGCUUGAGCGUCGACAACUUGCAAAGGGAGGCUCACAGGAGAGAGUCAAGCCAGGACAGGAAGACAACGGUGCUGACCUCUAAACACAGCCAAGCGGAUUAUGCAAGGGUCGUUAAACAAGUCCGAGAGUGGUCAUUCAGAGAGAGAGAGCUUUCAUCUUUACUUUCUGCCGAGAAAUUUCUUCACAAGGCUGUCGGAUCAGGUCAGGCAACGAAAGCAGGGUUUCAGUGAGUCAUUUAAAGACUACAUGAUCGACAUGCAGACGAUGUCGAGGCCUCUAAACUAUUCUGCGAGAGACACCUUAAAGAUCAUAAAGGAAAACUGCACCCCAAGCCUAAGGAACUUUUUAAGGGCGUACAAAGUGCCGGACCUGGACACGUUGAUGCUAUUAGCCGAUAAAUACGAAGAACUGGAAAAGGAGCGGAACGAGUUCGCCCAAGAAAACAAGUUCUCAAAGGCAAAGUCGUCACCACCAACGCAGGUCACGUGCAGAAGAUGCGAGGAGACAGAUAGCCAGGAGACACGGAGAAAUGACAAAUUUUCACCGCCGCAACGAGUCUGCUGAUACUACCAGGGGUAGUGGAUUCAUUG